AUGUCCGUGAUGGACAAAGUCAUGGACAAUGAGCCCUCGGAGAAUCAUGACUUCCUGAAGACAGUGGAUCGCCUAGUGAAACUCAAAGCCGAGAACCCAAAAAUUCGGUUGAGUGGGCCCAAUCCGUUGAGGGAAACCAUCGUGGUUUCAGAGGAGGAGAAGGAAGGAGUCUACGAAUAUAUAGAAGAAACUUCAAAGAUGCUUGGUCGCCACACGGAAUUGAAUGAGCCAGAUUUAGAUGUUGGUGGCACUGAGAACUUCUACAUGGCAGCUCUCCAACAAAUCAAUGCGGGUGCUGCAAGUUCCAGUGGGCAGGCAGUGACGAUUCCAACAUCGCAAGGACCAACGUCCAGUGGGAAAUCUAGGAUUGAAGAUGCUGCGAAAGGAGAAGCUGGCGCUGGCAAUUUGGAUGAGGAGAGUGAGGACGAUGAGGAUGUCCAACCAUUUGCGAGGCUGUUUGCACGAGUGAGUCAAGCCAACUCUGUUGUUGAGACCAACAGCAGCGGCGUGGGCAUGCCAGUGCCGAAGCCAGCCCCCAAGCCACGGUCGGGUCCCAGUGCUAAGCAGCCUUCGCAGAAGAAUAAGAACACCAAUGCCGCCAAUGCCAAUACCAAUACUGGUGGCAAUGGUGGCAAUCUCCCCGAUCCAGACAAGAGAUCUGAGAAAGGUGAUGAACCAAAUGACCAUGACCAUGUGACACUUCCUGGAAGUGAUGAUGAACCGCUUGUACCGGAGCCAAAGAACAAGCGCGUGAAGGGAGCAAAGCAGAAGCCAGGCGGAAGGACCUCUGAUGCUUCUGCCCGGGUUGGCCCUGGCAAAGAGGUGGUGCAGACUGGUGAUGGUGAGGAUAUGAGCACAGAAGACCGGGAGGUCGUGAGUAGGUUCGAGGGCCUAGUCCAGGAACACAAAGAGAUGAACCCUGGCCCAGACUUUGCGCAAUGGAGCAAGGACAGAAUUGCAGCGCUGACGGAGCUGCGCAACAACAUUCAGUCCAAGCAGAAGUCUCUGAAGCGAAGACGUGGCGAAAGUUCGGUCUCGUCGUCAACUGUGUCUUUGAAGGAAGGGCUGACGAAGCUGCUGGAGGAGCUCUCCACCUUGAUUGACCUGACACGACGGUUGAAUGCUUGCGCUCCCACAGAGGGGAAGAAUCUCUAUGAUGCCAUUUUGGCGGUCAGUGGUUUGACUGUGGGACAAGAGGUGCUGAAGCUGGCUUCCUGGGACUGCUUUUUCGAUGAGGUUUUGGCACAUUGCAAGAAACACCUUCCGGAUUGUCCGGAAUUCUUUAUGAGCCUUGCCAACUUCGUUCUGACGAGACUGGUGAAAUCUGUACCAACGUCCAAACCGAUCAGCGCUGAGUCCACCGGGUUCCUUCGCAACUUCGUUGACUCUCUGGCGAAGCAUGCCAGUGCAACCGGAUCUGGCAUGGACCACGAAGACACGCUGUUGGAUCUUGCAGCGGUGUUGAAUUUCGGAGCUGCACCAGGACGGGUGAUCAAAUUCUGCGAGAACCUGGACAAUUCCGAGCACUGGGCCGUUCAGGCCCUUGCUUCAAAGGAGGGCAAGAAGAUCACCCAGGCCAUGCUAGAGAACGCGCGCAAGCGCGAGUCAAACACGAAACUUCUUGAGGCGAUUGAAACUGCAAUUCGGGAGCAGCUUGGCAAAUCAGAUGUGGCCGGGCUGGAGAAGACAGGACUUUGUGAACCAGGCAUUGACUUGGAGCAGGUGAAGGAUCGCUUCACUGCUGAGCAUGGAAAGCUCGUCAACACUCAUUACACAUUCGUCAGCACCAGUAGCUUCAAGUGCCUCAAGGGAGCUGAGCGUGACAGCGUGACAAAGCUGCGAGAGACAACACGGGCAGCAGCCCAACUCAUCGUGAGCUCCUUCAUCCACAACGAUUUCCUGCCUUACAUGAGCGACCUUGAGAGCGGAUUCACCUUCAAAAAAGCCAAUGUGAAUCCAGUCCUGACUGAUGAGUCAUGCCUUUGCCAACUUCAGGGUGGUGCUUUAGGCAACGGCAGUGGUCAGGUGAUCGAGACUUUCAAGGAGUUCAGCGUUUUCAUGAAGGACUUAGCAGCCACAGCCGCUUUGCUUUUCGAUCCCGACAACACUGAGGGCAUGGAGGCAGUCAAGGCCCAAACGUGGGUUCGCAAGUGGCAAAGCCAAUCUGGUUCGCUGCUGAAAGCUGUGGAGGCAUUCGAGAAGACAGCGCCGGCCAGUUCUGAGCAGGAUUCUGUCCUUGCGGCAGCUAUGAAAGGUGUGGUGGACAACAUGGAGACGUGUGUGCAGGAGAUCUUUGGCGAGCAGCUGCAAUCGAAAGCUGCUGAGUGCACCAAACCAGGAUUCGAUUUGCUGCAUGGAUUUCUGGAGGAUGAAGGGUUCCUGACAAAGGAGCGCUUUGCGGAGUUCAAGAAGUGUUUUGAAGAGGCAUGCCUUAUCGCAACAGCACUGCCCAAAGGCGACGCGUUCAGAGCCGCGCUUCCGACUAUGUCCGAGUUGGUGGAGAUGGCCUUCCUUUGCCAUGGUCCCGAGAAAGAUUCCGUGACAACAAAGUAUGCAUUCAUCAAGCAAGCAAAUCUCUGUGCUGAGAAAGGUGAAGGUGAGGUGAUGGAUGCACUCACCGAUCUUGCCAAGGUCACCACGCUGCGCGAAGAUGCGAAGCUGCUUGAGUUGGCUCAUUUGCACGGGAAGCUUGUGGCCCAAGGCAAAGAAGUAUUUGUGCAGCUUCGGGAAGCUUUCGUGCAGAAACUGGAUCAAGCUACAGUGAAGAUCUCCAUUCCGAGCGAAGUGGAGACGAUGUGCACAUUGGACUCCAUCACCUCGGAAUUUUUGGACAGUCAGUUCAACAUGAAGACAUCGUCUGCCGUGUCGGACAAGGCCAUCAGCAUGAGCACACUGCUUCGCGACGUGUCGGUCGCUUGCUCCUACAUGGGCAUCAAAGCCGAUGACUUCCUGGACCUUAAGCCCUACGAAAUCAACAACCGCGAGGGGCUCACCUUUUUGUGCCUUGACAAUUUUGGAUGUCUUGGGUUCUUUUGGCUUCGCACAGUGCUUCGGAUGAUUCGGAUGUCUUGGAUGUGA